AUGAGGUUUGCGACGGGCGCUGCGGCGCUCAGCCUCUGGUUGCGCCAUGCGACGGCUCUCCACGUGGCCAAGGGUUCACCUUGCCAGACACUCUGCGGCAACGUGCUGGAUGCGACCACGAAGGAUGACGUUGUCUGCAAAGAGUCGGAUUACUCUGUCAGCGCUGCCGGUUCUGUAUACCAGCAGUGUGUUUCCUGCGAGUUGACGAGUGAUUACUCAACCGCAUCUCAGACUGACGUACAAUGGCUUCUUUACAACCUCCGAUACGCUGUCUCAUACUGCAUUUUCGGGUAUCCAGAAAACCCCAACGUCGGGUCCAGCCCAUGUCUCACGAGAACCGCUUGCGAGCCUUUCCAAGAUGCCAUCAAAUACAAUGACCUUGCCUCUAACGGCACCGAGUUUGACUACUGUGACAACUGGGAUCACAAUCAGCUGUCUGGCUGCACAGCCUGUCUCCGCGCCGGCGACAACCAUUACUUGACUAAUUUCAUGACCAUCCUGGAUGCCGGAUGUCAGCAGAAGCCUGACCCUGGACAGACCGUCUCUGUCGAGGGUUCUCCCUUCUCAAAGACUUCAGUGAAUGCCACUGACCCGACACCAACAAACACAUACGUGCCAAACUACAACAGCGGCCCCAUCUCCUUGGGCGGCAAGGUCGGCAUCGCAAUCGGAGGCGUUGUCCUCAUUCUCGCUUUGACCGGUUUCUGCAUUGUUUGGAACGGGAAGAGGAGGAGAAGGGCUUUCUUGAAGAAGCUCGAAAUGAAGCAAAAGGGUCCCGCCAACGGCUGGCCGUCACCACUCUCACCACUCAACGUCGCCGGACUCAACGGCACUCCGCUCAGUCAACGUCCUCUGCGAAGCUGGGACGACACGCCGAGCACCACGAGACCGCAUCGCUACUGGGACGAGUCUCCACUCAGCCCACAAGGCGAGAAGAACUUCCCAAGAUACUUCUCCCCUUACUCUUCGCAAUACAACAGUCCGGUCAGCGGGACUGAGGCGCCGAACAUGCAGUGGCCAGCACACGAGGCGCAACCUCAGGGCCAACAGCAGGAAAUCGGCAUUGCUCUGGGUGGCACUGAUGAUUCUCAGCAAGAUUGGGAUGAUUCUAACAAGGGAAAGGGACGAUCUGAGUCCUAUGAGUUGAGAGAGGUUGACCAUCAAUGGGACGCGCGACAGAGGCAUCCCAGCCCGCCUGUGCUCCAGCACCCGGCGCACCCUAUGUAUGCGGAGCACAACCCGGCUGCGUAUCACGGCAUGACAGAAGAUGACCUCAGGCGAGGAUACAUAUAA